UAAGUUUAGAUAAUAUGGAGUAUUUUCUAUGGAGAUGUCUUUAUUACAGUGGGUGAUCAGUCACUGUAAAGGGCCAAGUCACACCAACAAAUGAGGAUGGAAAAUACUAUUCUAUGCAUGAAGGUUGACUCGGAUGUAUUACGGCAAUACUAAAGUCGGGAUCUUUUACGUCGUCAACGGUGAAACUUGAUUUGCAGAGAGGUUCUUCUUCACAGUUUUUCGUCUUUUCUACUGGGAAAGAAGAUUUGACUCUGUCAAUUCUUUAGAAGAAGAAGAAGAAGACUCCUCCUCCUCCUCCUCCCAGCAAGUAGUAAUAUAUAAGUGGAAGGUUAGCUUCUUCUAGGCUCCUUCUCUCCGAUCGAUCCUCACACAAAAAACACAACCAUUGCCCCAAAAGUACAACCUUGGCUGAUCUAUGGAUGGUGAUGGCUAGUCCUUGGAAUAAUAUAUUCAGAGACUUGCCCCUCUCCCAUUCUCGGGAUUGUUCGGUUUUCGCAUAUCGGCUCUAUCCUUCAAUUCUGGGUCUGAAACAACAGCAAUGAGUUCCUGAUGGAAAGCAAGAAAGUAAAUCUCAUUGCUGCUUUGUCAAUCUUUUCUCUCGUCAUCCUAAUCGUCGUAACUCGGGUGACCCUCAAGCUAUCCAAGACAUUUUACUUCGUUCUCGGGGCAGAUGUCUCCGUGAUUGUUGCUAUCUUUGCUUUUCUCUUGAUCAGGAGGCGCUACAAUCUGAGGAGGAAACUUUUGGAGUCUCGGUGGAUUUCCGAGGGUAAAGAGCUGAAGAUUGAGUACAGUUUCCUUCGGAAAGUUGCCGGAGUGCCCACGAAAUUCCGCUACAGAGAGAUCGAGGAAGCCACCGAUAACUUCCAAGCCCUUGUAGGCCGAGGUGCCUCCGCUUCCGUCUUCAAAGGGAUCCUGACUGACGGGACUCAGGUGGCCGUGAAGAGGAUCGACGGUCAAGAACGUGGAGAGAAAGAGUUCAGAUCAGAAGUCUCAGCAAUUGCGGGAGUUCAGCACGUGAACCUCGUGAGGCUCCUUGGCUAUUGUUGCGUAACGGGAGGGCCUCGCUUCCUGGUGUAUGAUUUCAUUCCAAAUGGUUCCUUGGACUGCUGGAUUUUCCCCAAGAAGAACCGCCGGAACCGUCCUGGAGGCUGCCUGUCUUGGGACCUCAGGUAUAAAAUUGCCAUUGAUAUUGCUCGAGCCCUUUCCUACCUUCACCAUGAUUGCCGGUCAAGAGUCCUCCACCUCGAUGUGAAGCCCGAGAACAUACUCCUCGAUGAGAAUUAUCGAGGGAUCGUUGCAGAUUUUGGCCUUUCGAGGCUAAUGGGGAAGGACGAGAGCAGGAUCGUCACCACGAUCCGAGGAACAAGAGGAUACUUGGCCCCUGAAUGGCUGCUGGAGCAUGGAGUGACAGAAAAAUCGGACAUUUACAGCUAUGGGAUGGUUCUUUUGGAGAUGAUCGGAGGGACAAGAAACGUUUGCUUAAUCGAGAUAGGAAACAAUCGGUCCCGCAGGAGGUGGCAGUACUUCCCGAAGAUCGUGUGCGAGAAGUUACGAGAAGGGAGACUAAUGGAGGUUGUCGAUCAUCGCCUACUGAGGAGUGGCGGGAUCGACGAGCAGGAAGUCAGGAGGAUGGUGUACGUGGCUCUUUGGUGCAUACAGGAGAGGGCACGGCUGAGACCGAGCAUGCAGAGAGUAGUGGAGAUGCUCGAAGGACGGGCGGCAAUAGAAGAGCCACCUGAAACUCAGAUGAUCGUGGUCGAUCUCUUAGCAGUCGACGAAGAGCAAGAACAGGAAAUUAACGGUGACGGAAAUGGGCGGACCAGACCUGUGAUCAUAGAGCAAGUGGGGGAUCAGAAUCCGCCGACUACGUCGGCUUAUUCUUUUACCAUGUCCGUUCUUUCGCCGAGAUAAUUAAUCUAGCUCAGAGAAGAAUUGAUGAGAUCAUUUAUGCUGCUAUUUUGGCUUUCUUUACUACACUAGAUAAAAGCGGCUGCAUGCGUAUGUUUCUUCCUUGUGAUCAGAUGGAUAUUCAUCUGAUCACAAGGAAGAGUAAUCAUCGAUAGCCAUGUCUAGAGUCGGAAUGCCCGAUUUGUCUGAUCAGACAUAUAUAUGAUCUAAAGAUCAAAUGUACUUAUAAGUUGACAUAGUUUUUAUUGAAUGUUUCGGGCUCCGACUACUUGUGGACAAGUUCCGUUGGAGCACGGAGUUCGUUACGGCUGA